CGCAGGGUGGAGGGAAAAAUGAACGUCCACAUCGUGCCCCAUUCGCACGAUGAUGCAGGAUGGCUAAGGGUAAGUGAGCUGUCCAGCAGGUUGAUUCUGAAGAUGGGCGGGGUCCAAUACACUUUGGACACAGCAAUUGCUGCAUUGCAAGCCAACCCCAAUCGAAAAUUCACCUACUCUGACAUGGCCUUCUUCUUGAAGUGGUGGGAGGAGCAAGACGAUUUCUCCCAGAAGAAAGUCCAAGAGCUGGUGGAUAAUGGCCAGCUCGAUUUUGUCAACGGCGGGUACGUACAGCAUGAUGAGGCCGCUGCCCACUAUGUGGCCAUGAUCGACCAGACGACUGUCGGGCAUCAGUUUCUGAACAGCACUUUCGGGUUCACCCCCACCAUCGGCUGGCAGAUCGAUCCAUUUGGACACUCUGGCACCCAGGCAUCCCUGAUGACAGGUGCCCUCGGCUUUGAUGCGGUCUACUUCGCCCGAUCUGACUACCAGGAUCGGCAGUUGAGGAGCAACACAAAGGAGCUGGAACUGGUAUGGCGUGGUGCCAAAUCCUAUGGAUCCUCGGCCGAUGUCUUGUCCGGCAGCUUCCCCUCUGACUACAAUCCCCCUGACAGGUUCAUGUGGGAGUGGGGUUUUGAGAGCUGGAAAAAUUCCGAGCCCAUCGUGGACUGCGAUGACUGCGGCGAGUGGAACGUGAAACCUCGCGUGGACGAUUUCGUUAACGGGUGCAUGAUGAGGUUCAACAUCACCCAGGGCGAUGAUGUCUCCGGAGGAAGUGACAUCAUGAUCACCAUGGGCACUGACUUCACCUAUGCCAACGCCUUCGUCUGGUACAAGAACAUCGAUAAGCUGAUCCACUAUGCCAAUGAGGACGGCCGCAUGAACUUGUUCUACUCCACUCCAGCCACCUACACUGCCGCAAAGCACUCCUACAAUCGCUCAUGGCCCCUCAAGACCGACGACUUCUUCCCCUAUGCGGACAACGAGUUCAGCUACUGGACCGGCUACUUCACGAGCCGGCCGACGUCCAAGGGCUACGUACGUACCUGCACCUCCUUCCUGCAGGCCGCGCGCCAGAUGGAGGUCCUCAGCGACGUUGCGGACGCCAACAAGUCCAGCAGUAGCCGGCUGGAGCUGGCGGUGGCUCUGCUGCAGCACCACGACGCCAUCACCGGCACAGCCAGGCAGGACGUGGCGGAUGACUACCACUUCCGCCUGUCCGCAGGUGCACACUCUGUUCCCAAGUUGCUCCUUCUGUCAGUUGAGCCCUUUUUACAUGUGCGCAGGCUAGCGGACCGUGAGGGCACCCUGGGAAUGUGUCCCUUCCUGAACGCCAGCGUGUGCCAUCCCACCAUGGAGAUGUCGAGGCUGGGCCACAGCAUCGUUGUGGCUGUGUACAACCCGCUCGCCUGGCCGCGCACCGAGGGCAUCCGCGUGCCCCUCGACCUCAGCUUCACCAGCCAGUGGACUGUCGUCACCGGGACGGGAGGCGCGGUGGACUCGCAGCUCGUGCCGGUCAGCAACGCCACGCUGACUCUGCAGAGCUACAUGGUGCAAGAGCACAUCUUGGCCGACCUCUCAGCCGCUGCCGCCUACGAGAUCGCCUUCCUCGCGGAGGUCCCCCCGCUGGGCUACUCCACGUACACCAUAUCCCCUGCCCAGGCUGGGCAGCCGGGCAGCUACCACCCGGCUGCGCGCACGCUCGUCAGCUCCUGGGCCAACAGCACCAAGGGGGAUAGCGGCAGAAGGGAGACACAGGCAACCGUGUCUGUUUCCAGUGGCGCAGUCACCCUGACAGUGACUGUGUGCGAGCAGAUGAUGUACUACAAUUCCAGUGACAGCUACUGGCCGCGCCACAUCGCCGACGGAAAGCCUGAAGCCUCCGGCGCCUACAUCUUCCGGCCCAACCAAGAAGCUCACCAGACUGCGGUCAUCCCCAUCCAGAUCGUGGAAGGCCCGAUCCUGACUGAAAUCCGCCAGGAGUGGCAGCCGUGGGCCACCCUGACGACCAGGGUCUGGAAGGACUCGGAGCACAUUGAGUCAGAGUGGACGGUCGGACCCCUUCCCUUUGAGGAUAAGCUGGGCCGUGAAGUUGUGGUCCGCUUUGAGACCAACGUGACCAGUGGAGAUGAGUUCUACACCGACUCCAACGGCCGCGAGAUGCUCAAGCGCAAGCUCAACUUCCGCCCCUCCUGGAACCUGGACGUGAAGCAGCCCGUUGCCGGCAACUACUACCCCGUGACCGCAGCCAUCUACAUUGAGGAGGCAGGGCGGCAGCUGGCGGUGGUGACGGACAGGGCGCAGGGGGGGUCCAGCCUGCACCCGGGACAGGUGGAGCUGAUGGUGCACCGCCGAAUGUUCCACGACGACGGCCGUGGCGUGUCCGAGAACCUGAACGAGACCAUGUGCGGCUGCAUCAAUUGCGACUGCACCGGCCUCAUCGCGCGCGGCACCCACUACCUCACCGUGCAGGGGCCGGCCACGUCAGCCAGCUACAGGCGCACCCUGCAGCAGCGAGUCAAUGACCCCCUCGUCCUGUCCUUCGGGAAGGCCUCCAGCGCGGGUGCGGCUGCCGGCGCGUCGCAGGGCUUGGGCGGCGCGCCUGUCAGCUUCCUGGCUGACAAGGACGGCCUGCCCAAGAGCGUGCACCUGCUCACCCUCAAGGAGAAUGGCGAUGGCAGAGUGCUGCUGCGCCUGGCUCACCUCUACCAGGUGUGCCCAGAGCCCCACUCCUUAAUUGAGAGGAUCAGUUUCCUGCAAAUACAAUCUAAAACACUGUAG